ACGCGGAGGGUGGGGGGUGGGGGGGAAAGUGUUGAGGGAGGGGGGAGGGGGGACACAGAGGGAGGAAGAAGCGGCGGCGGCAGCUCCUCUUCGCAGAGGGGGAAAACUCCGAGGGAUAAGAGCAGGAAUAAUGCGGUAGGCAAGGCGGGCUGCUCGCUCCCGGCUCCCGGCUCCCGGCUCCGGCAGCAGCAGCGGCAGCCCGAGCAGCGGCAGCAGCAGCGGCAGCACCCCCAGCAGCUGACAGCCCCGCCGGCAGGCUCCCUCGCUGACCGCCGACUGUCAAUGGAGCUGGAAAACAUCGUGGCCAACACGGUCUUGCUGAAAGCCAGGGAAGGGGGUGGAGGAAAGCGCAAGGGGAAAAGCAAGAAGUGGAAGGAAAUCCUGAAGUUUCCUCACAUCAGCCAGUGUGAAGACCUCCGAAGGACCAUAGACAGAGAUUACUGCAGUUUAUGUGACAAGCAGCCAAUUGGGAGGCUGCUUUUCCGGCAGUUCUGCGAAACCAGGCCCGGGCUGGAGUGUUACAUUCAGUUCCUGGACUCAGUGGCAGAAUAUGAAGUUACUCCAGAUGAAAAACUGGGAGAGAAAGGGAAGGAAAUUAUGACCAAGUACCUCACCCCAAAGUCCCCAGUCUUCAUAGCCCAAGUUGGCCAGGACCUGGUCUCCCAGACGGAGGAGAGGCUCCUACAGAGGCCCUGCAAGGAAGUCUUUUCUGCCUGUGCACAGUCUGUCCACGACUACCUGAAGGGCGAACCAUUCCAUGAGUAUCUGGACAGCAUGUAUUUUGAUCGCUUUCUCCAGUGGAAGUGGUUGGAAAGGCAACCGGUGACCAAGAACACUUUCCGGCAGUACCGAGUGCUGGGAAAAGGGGGCUUUGGGGAGGUCUGUGCCUGCCAGGUCCGGGCCACGGGCAAAAUGUAUGCUUGCAAGCGCUUGGAGAAGAAGAGGAUCAAAAAGAGGAAAGGGGAGUCCAUGGCACUCAACGAGAAGCAGAUCCUAGAGAAGGUCAACAGCCAGUUUGUGGUCAACCUGGCCUAUGCCUACGAGACCAAGGAUGCGCUGUGCUUGGUUCUGACCAUCAUGAACGGAGGCGACCUGAAGUUCCACAUCUACAACAUGGGCAACCCUGGCUUCGAGGAGGAGCGAGCCUUGUUUUAUGCGGCAGAAAUCCUCUGUGGCUUGGAAGACCUCCACCGGGAGGACACCGUGUACAGAGAUUUGAAACCCGAAAAUAUCCUGCUAGAUGAUUAUGGCCACAUUCGGAUUUCAGACCUGGGUCUGGCUGUGAAGAUUCCCGACGGAGACCUGAUCCGCGGCCGGGUGGGCACCGUGGGCUACAUGGCCCCAGAGGUCCUGAACAACCAGAGAUACGGCCUGAGCCCUGACUACUGGGGUCUGGGCUGCCUCAUCUAUGAGAUGAUCGAGGGCCAGUCGCCAUUCCGGGGCCGCAAAGAGAAGGUGAAGCGGGAGGAAGUGGACCGCCGCGUCCUGGAGACGGAGGAGGUGUACUCUUCAAAGUUCUCUGAGGAGGCCAAGUCCAUCUGCAAAAUGCUGCUCACCAAAGAUGCAAAACAGAGACUGGGCUGCCAGGAGGAGGGGGCUGCUGAGGUCAAGAGACACCCCUUCUUCAGGAACAUGAACUUCAAGCGCUUAGAAGCCGGGAUGUUGGACCCUCCCUUCAUUCCAGAUCCCCGCGCCGUGUACUGCAAGGACGUGCUGGACAUCGAGCAGUUCUCCACCGUGAAGGGCGUCAACCUGGACCACACGGACGACGAUUUCUACUCCAAGUUCUCCACGGGCUCCGUGCCCAUCCCGUGGCAGAGUGAGAUGAUAGAAACCGAGUGCUUUAAGGAGCUGAACGUGUUUGGACCUAACGGUACCCUCUCGCCAGACCUGAAUAGGAAUCACCCUCCAGAACCGCCAAAGAAAGGGCUGCUCCAGAGGAUCUUCAAGCGUCAGCAUCAAAACAAUUCCAAGAGUUCACCCAACCCCAAGACCAGUUUUAACCACCACAUGAAUUCAAACCAUGUCAGUUCAAACUCCACGGGAAGCAGCUAGUUAGCGCUCUGGCCUUGAAGUCCACGGUGGGACCAGCCCUAGACCCUUGUCCUUAGAAACAGAACUUACGGACAGGGGAGCCCUCCAGGAGCCGGGGACGGAGGCCGCUCACCCCCUCGACGCAGAGCCUCCAGGUUUCUCAAAGAGAUUUCCACUCAGGUCUGUCUCCAGAGGUGGCCCUCAAGCCGAGGUGGAACAUUGCAAUAGAAAUCCAAUUGGAUACGACAAUUUGCACGUAUUUUAAUGGCGUCAUACCUAGAACUGAAUUUUGUCUUUAUUAUUUUUAAAGAAAAGUUUUGUAAAUUUCUCUAUUGUCUCAGUUUACAUUUUGUAUAUUUGUAUUUAAAUGAAAGUCAGACUUUGAGGGUGUA